AUGGCCACCGCGACAACCACCACAACAACGCCGUACAAGUUCCCCCCACACUACAGCUUCCCCCCCUUCUUCACGCUGCAGCCCGUCGCCGCGACGCGCGCCUCGCAGCUCGCCAGCUGGAGCGCGCACGUGCAGGCGCACUGCCGGCACCACCGGCGCUUCCAGCUGUCGCUCAUCGACGCCCUCGACACGGACCUGUUCUGGAACCGGCGGCUGGGGAAGCGGCUCGCGCUGCGCGACGCCCGCGACGUCGUCGGCUACAUGUGCGGCGCCGAGGGCGGCCACAGGGCGGAGUGGGUCGACGGUGGCGGCGGCGACAAGAAGAAGCAGGGCGAAGGUGUCGCGGGCGGCGAGGCUGCGCGGGCGUGGAUAUACUGGAGGAGGCCCGAGGAGUGGGCGAGUCUGAUUGAGGGUUGGGUUGAUGCGACGGGGCAAAAGAAUACGGUACUUACGCUAUACGAGCUUACAGAGAGCGAUGCGACGGCAUCUCAAGAGUUCCAUGGCAUGGACGCAGAACUCCUGCAAAAGUCCCUCCAAGUCCUCGUCAAGCGCGGAAGAGCUCAAGUCUUUGGAAGUGAGGAUUCUUUGGGCGUAAAAUUCUUCUAG